AUGGAAGCUAUGGAUUCGUCACGAAAAAAACUUAAAGAAGAGCUCGAAGCUAAAGAAGCGGCUGCUAUGGCUAUAAGAAAGAGGCAGUUUGAGACUGUAGCUAAACAACGGGCAGCUGACCAGAUUCGCAGGGAUUGGGAACGUCAUACUGAGGAAAUGAAAUGGCAGGCUGAAAGGAAACGAAAGUUGGCGGAUGGCGAAACUAAUAAUAUGGAGUUCAAACCAACUAGAUCCGAUCAAGCCAUAGUGAGAAUAAAAUGGGCCUAUGGAGAAGACAUUCAGGCCAACGCUUGCUACACAGAAUCGUUCCUAAGAACAUGCUUAUCAGAGUUUGGUAACGUGAUAGCUUUGGUCGUAGCUAAACGUGGAAAUGCUAUUGCUGAGUUUUCAACCUAUAGUGAAGCAGAAAAAGCAAUAAAGGCAUCUGCAUGUGGGAAAAUUGGCCUACCAAGUUUACCCCUUCAUUUAUCGUGGUUAUCAACAAAUAACACAGAUAUAGUCACUGAUUCAGACAAAGUAAAACAUCAAAAAGUAGAAGAAGACAAAUCAAUGUAUGAACCAACACUAAAUAAUAAGAAGUCUAACUUCGAAACAUUCGAACAAGACAUCUUAUCUCGUAUGGCAAACUUUGGACAAUAG